GCAGAUAGCAGGUUUCGACAUCUUCCAUCUCCUGAUAGCCCAGGAAUGGCGAUAUGAAGGGAGAAGUGGAUCCGUGUGUGCGGGUGGGUAUUUUGUCGGCUAGUCCGCUUCCACGCGGUGCCACGGGCACUGACGCUUCCAGCUGGGUCGUCGAGGCGAAGAUCCUAAAGCAAGACCAGGAACAAUCGGACGAGGAACCAUAUCGGACGAAGCCUUCAAGGGUGGGCGUUUGGAACGAGGAACUCACUAUCCCAGUUGAUGUGGGCGAGGCCCGGUCGAGUAGGCUGCGGCUGGGUGUCGUAGACGCGACUUUGCGAGAAGGAGGACUUCAUGCAUGCACCUUCCAGCUUGGCGACAUCGUCCCCUGGAAUGGUUACCAUUUGGAAGUGCACAUGGGACGCGAUGUUCGGCUUCGGGUGUCGGUCGUUGUCGCGCUUGAGGAUCCAGUGGUCAAGAUCGACCAUCUGCUCCAUCUGGAGGCACUUUUGCUAACUUUCCCCGAAGGCAUGCCUUUACCAGGAGUUCGCAGAGAAGCUGGAGCCGGUGUCAAGUCUUUUAUCCAAUGCAUUCCAAAGGGGACUGAGAGCAACGUUUUGCUCCAAGCGUCCAAGAAGAAAGAGCCGCCAAUGCUACGCUGUGAUGCUGCCGGUGAAAACGUCAUCGAGCUAGACGCCCCAGGCUCGGAUCGCAAUGAGGGCAACAACUACCUCAGGAAUACUGUUCCUGUAACCAUCGUGGAAGACCAGUGUCCUUCCUGAUAACCUUCUUUUUUGUAGAAGCAUCGUCCCAGAGUUCAACAGCGCUGGGGUAUGCUGUGCUGGACAUUCCGGAUCAUGUACGAUUAUCUGACGGAGGGGCGGAGCUCUCGGCAGUUGUCACUUCGCCGGAGGGUAGUGUUCUGGAAGAUGUGGUGUGCGUUGUCGAUAUCAAGGCUUCUGGUCCCCCUCCACAAUCUCCCCGAGGAAGUGAUGCAUCCUCUGUGGGGAAAGAUGAUGACAACGACGAUUUGGAUACUCGUAAUACGGAGGGGUCAGAGUCGCAGUCGGAGUCGCAGUCGCAGUCAGAGUCGCAGUCAGAAUCACAGCCGGAGUUGCAUGCCACAGCGAUCGAGGGCCGACGGAGUUCACCGAAGAAAUCCAAAGACAGGCGAAACAAGUGGAGAAGCGCUCUGAUGCAAUUAGAAAAUGCGGUGCGGAGAUUUUGAAGCUCAGGAAGUACAUCGAGGACGUCGAUCAAGAACGCUGCCGCCUUCGCUUGCAACUGAAAUCUCUGCGCAAGACUACGGCGGAGGCUGAAAUGGAGGCCAACCGGGUGAUGAAGGCUAUGGAGGACGAAGAUCCUGCCCGAGCGCUUCAUGGAGACACGGGCGGACGCCACACACGUGCUUUAGCGAAGCGGUGCAUAGUGCUGACAGAAGAGAAUCGAACGCUACGCAGGGUUGCGCAGGAUUGUGCGCACGAGCAAUGGCAAACAGCAGUGCUAAAGUCAGAGAUGGAGAAAAUGAAAAAGACUCAGCACGUGCAGGCGGUUUACAUACGCAAGAUGCAGGCACUUCCGGGAAAGUGACGGGGAGGAUCCCUCUACGGAGACGAAAAGGAGCGGCAAAGGCCCCGAGGUCGAAAGACUGAGGCAAGAGAACGCAUCACUACGAUGGAGGCUCGCGAUGGCAGGGACCAAGAGCACCAUCGAUGUCCAGGGCCAAGCCUGUGACGAUGCUGGCGUGAUGCUGAAAAUGAAAGACACCAAGAUCCGCAUCCUUGAAGAGCAGAUGGUUACAAAUGCUAAGGCAGCUGGAGAAGAGAUUGCGGCUCUUCAUAUGCGUCUGAUGGAGAUGGAAUUCCAAAAGAGUGACUCAUUGCACACGAGCACGGAGGGUGUCAAGUCUUCAAGAGAUCCUAACAGCUAGAAGCUGCACACCAAUCGUGUAAAAGUCUUCGUGUCUUCGUUCAUGUGAUUACUUAGUUCCGGGGCUUCCUGUAGGUUAGGUGUCUUCCCUUUAUCCUUGCCUUGUCUAGAUGAACGAUGUUGCCUCCCCCUGUGCGAAGGGAGGUCUAACCUUGACUCAGUGAAAAGCUGUGCUGGCGACUGCCUCACUAUAUCAAAUCG